UGGCACAUAGCCUCCAAUCUAAAGGGCCAUGGUGGACACCUUACAUCACUUCCUUUCCUUCACAGGUCCUGGCCACCUCAAUCAUCCUGUCUGCUCCUUACUGGAGUAAGACAGACAGGGAGACUAAGAGAAAGAGAGAGUAUAUGUUUUUGUUCUAGGCCAGAAAGGCAUGCUCCUGCCUCAGGAUGUUGCCUGUAAAACUGAAGAAGUGGGUUUCCUGUGGAGGAAACGAUCACAGAAUAGACAAGGCUGGGUCCAGACACCGUGUUCCAAACAUUUCGUGAGUACAGGUCACCCAGCUGCAGAGAGGGCAGCACGCUUCUGUGGAACAAAGCUGGCUCACAGCUGCAGAGAGGCAUUUGUGUCUGUCCUUGAUGGAUCCUGGAUGCUUUUGGAGACUGGUUGACUGACAGAUCGUACGGGAGAAUGCAUAUAUGAACAAUAUGCAACGGAAAAAGUGGAUACAAUAAACUGAUAAACAACUCAGACUUUUGCUUCGAGUGACUGAAUGGCAGAGGUGGAAUGUAACAAAGUACAUUUAUUCAAGUACUGUAUUAAGUACAGAUUUGAGGUACUUGUACUGUACUAGAGUAUUUUUGUGUUACUUUCUACUUUUUCUCCACUCCAUUUCAGGGAGAAAUAUUGUAUUUUUUACCCCCCCCUACUAAUCUGACUGCUUUAGUAACUAGUCACUUUACAAAUUAAGAUUUUUGCACACAAAACACAUGUAGACUAUAAAAUACAAUGCUUUAUUAUAAAUUAAACUACCCAACGAUGUAACAGCCUACUAUACAAGUCCAGCUAAAUGAUGCAACGAUCAAACAAAGAACUGAUUUGAUGAUGUGCAGUUUCUAAAAUGUGAGAAUCUUUCAGCGUUGAGUGCUUUGACUUUUAAUACUUUAAGUACAUUUUCCUAAUGAUACUUAAAUACUGUUACUAAAGUAAAAUGCAAUGUUUACAGUGUGGAAAUAGUACCAAUCCAUCAACCUGCAAGUACCUCUAGUUUCCCCAUGUCUGGCGCUUGACCAACAGAGACAUGUCCAAUGACAGCUGCAACCUCCCGUUGGACACGGACACAUUUGGCCUGACCUGUAUCUAUGGCCUGAUCUUCUCUUUGGGUCUCCCCAGCAACCUGCUGUCUCUCUGGGGACUGUACCACCUGGGUCGCUCCGGUGGAGGAGGUUGCCAGCUGGUCUACAUCCUUAACCUGCUGCUGUCAGACCUCCUCCAGCUGCUCACCCUGCCACUGUGGAUCCUUUAUCUCCAAGGUGGCCACCGCUGGCCCUAUGGACAGCUAACCUGCGAGCUGGUGGGCUACGUGUUUUACGUAAACGUCUACGCCAGCGUCAUGUUCCUGUGCCUGAUAGCGCUGGACCGCUGCCUGGCCAUCGUGUACCCGCUGAGCAGCCGCAGUGUGCGGACUGUCAGGGUGGCAGCUGUGUCCGGCGUGGCCGUUUGGACCCUCACCUUCCUGUUCUGUCUGAGCGGGCUGCUACCGUCUGUGUUUGACUCGGAGAGACUGCUGUGUCUGGAGCAGUACCCCGUCAGCCCCAGAUAUGCCCACUUCAAGAUCACCACCGUGGCCCUGGGCUUCCUCCUGCCAUGUUCCAUACUUGGCUACACUUCUGCCCACAUUGGAGUGACACUCCGACGAUCUCCUUCCCUCUCCGACCACGAGCGGCACAAAAUCGUAGGCAUACUAGUCGUGAUCACCGUCAACUUCAUCGUUGUGUUCGGACCCUAUCACCUCGUGGGCGGAUACCGAUUUGUGUCCUUGCUGCUGACUAAUGAGCCCUGUGGAUUUGAGCGUUCCAUUUUCCUCAUCUAUCGCCUGUGCUACGGCCUGACCAGCCUCAACACCCUGCUGGAUCCUCUCUUCUACAUCUUCCUGUGCCCUGAUGCCCGGCUAGAGCUGCAAAGAUCCCUGCCAUGUUUGGGAAGGGGGCAAAAUGCCAGCAAAAAGAUUGCCCUCAGUUUCAGAGCUCACCCAGACAACAAGAGGGAGAGUGAAACUGGACAUAAUAGUCUUCUAGCAAUAUAACUUGGAUUUGACCACAGAGCAGACUCCUUGGAUUUAGUCAAAGCAUUUAUGCCACCCAGUGGAAAUGCACGCUCCAGUUUGCAACUCUCAGCGAAUCCGUCAUUUGUGUUUUAACCUCCUGUGCUGAAACAAUUGGACUUGUUGACCUGAAUACAGUUUUGGUGGGACAAAAAUACACAGAUCUCAAAGUGCAAAGACUCAAAGUGCUGCUUACAUAAACUCAACACUUAAUUUAGUAGAAAUAUAUCAGAAACCAAUUCUUUUGUGAUAACCAGUGAUACAGAUACCUUCAAAGAAGACAUUUACAUCAUCUGUUUCACCUAUUUACUACAUCUGUUUUUCAAAGAGUGUAUGGAAUUGAACCAACAUUUUACAAAAAAAG